GUAAGAUUGCCCGCGGGUCUUGGACGCCGGUCCCCUUCCUCACAUCGAGAGCGGUGGACGCUGCACUCCGUCGUGGCGGAGCGACCGCCAUGGGUCUCCCAGUUGUCUUCCAUUUCUCCUCCAACCCCUCGCUCUUUCCCCGAAACCCUAACCCUAAUCCCCUGAUUCCGAACCGCAGAAGAUCUCCAAGUAGAAAUCGAGCCCCGGUGAUGGCGAGUUCGCUCGAUCCUUCCCGAGAGCCUACGAAACUGGUCACUUUCUUGGGCAAAGGAGGUUCCGGAAAGACCACCGCUGCAGUACUCGCCUCCCAGUAUUAUGCGAAGGAAGGGUUGCAUACAUGCUUGGUGAUACAAUCUCAAGACCCUACUGCAGAACAGCUAAUGGGUUGUAAGAUUGGAACUUCUCCAACUUUGUGCAAUAACAACCUUUCUGCUGUUAGAUUGGAAACCAGCAAAAUGCUUCUUGAACCUCUUGAUCGAAUGAAGAAAGCUGAUGCCCGUCUGAACUUGACCCAAGGCGUUCUUGAAGGGGUUGUAGGAGAAGAACUGGGGGUUUUACCUGGGAUGGAUUCAUUCUUCUCUGCCUUAGCACUACAAAAACUGGUGAAUUUUCUUCCAACUGAAAGACGUCUUGCACGGACGGAGUUUGAUAUGAUUGUAUAUGAUGGCAUUGGCAGUGAAGAUACGUUGAGGUUGAUUGGUGCUGCUGAGAGAGCAAGAUGGUAUUUGAAGUAUAUCAGGAACAUGGCUGAGAAGACAGAUAUUGGAAGACUGACAGCUCCUUCAUUCUUGAAACUAGCAUAUGAAUCCAUCAGGUUAAAUGGUGGAUCCAGUGAGGGGAAGUCAAGCAUAGAAAUUUGGAAUAAUAUUGAGCAAACUCUAGAGAAAGUCACCUGUUCUUUUAGUGACCCUUCAAAGUUCAGAUGCUACCUAGUGAUGGAUCCAAGUAGAUCGGCAUCUGUCAGGUCUGCAUUACGUUAUUGGGGUUGUGCAAUUCAAGUUGGAACACAAAUAACAGGAGCACUUGGGUUUGCUCCACAAUCUUCUAUGGUGGCGGAAGUUGCUGAUAAGUUCUCUCCCUUAUCUUUUGCACCUGUGCCAUAUCUUUCCACAGAUUCCUCUGUGGAUUGGGAUGCGACCCUCAACUCUCUAGGCAAGAAAACAAAAGAUCUCCUUGGUGCUACAAAUGAAAGUCUUCAGUCAUCUGUUAGAUUUGACCCCAUCCAGAAGUCCGUGACACUUUUUAUGCCAGGUUUUGAUAAGUCCGAGAUCAAGCUAUACCAGUAUAGGGGGGGAUCAGAGCUGCUGGUGGAAGCAGGGGAUCAGAGACGCAUAAUACAGUUGCCUCGAGGUAUGCAUGGGAAGGUAGGAGGUGCCAAAUUCAUUGACAGAAACCUUUUGGUCGUGCUGCGAUAACUUAUGCAUGGAAUAAAGAUUUGAAUACAGAUUAUGGUAUUCAACCGGAAAGGGAUACAAUGUAAUGUUUUCCAUCAAUGCCUUCUGCAAUUUAUGCACACGAUUUUUUUCGUGGUAGGCAUGAGAAGCAAUGUAUUCCUCGACAGGCAUGGAAUCCAAUCUGUUGACAUUAUUCUGUUUGUAACAUUUUGUCCAGAGUAGCACGAUCAUUUAAAGACUGAAAUCAGAGUCACCAGUGAUAUUCAUGGCACAAACUGACAGAAAACUAGCGGUAGGAAUGAUGUUUUGUUGGGUCAAUCUUAUUGAUAGAUAUUGUGCUGUAAAGGGCUUUGUAUACAGAGUCUGUGCAAUGCAUGCGAACGAGAAGGGAGAAAAGAAUGGGGAGUGAUGCUGGUGAAGAAACCUGACCGAGUUUGUGUUAUAUAUUUGGCAUUGAGGUUUCGCU